AUGGCGCGCGAACACCGCGAUACAGCUCCGUCUCCCACCGCCGCUACCGCCGCCACCGCCGACGGGGCAGACCUUGCCGUUGAGGUCGCGAGCGGGGUCGAGAGAGUGGCAGGAGAAGGGGGUCGCGACCACCGCCAGCGUUCGCCCUCGCCACCGCCGUGGGGGGUGGAGAAGCUGUGGAGCGACACGGACAGCGACCACGGAGGUGUCGCCGACGGCGAGGAGGACGGGUACGGCAACGACGGCGGUGUGGAGGAGUUCAAGUUCUCGGCACCACCGAUGACGACGACGACGACGAUGGCCCCCGAGGCGGUACCGGAGGAGGAGAUGCUGGGAGCGGGAGCGGGGCUGGGGGCUGACGCGCCGCCGCCGCCGCCGCCGCCGGCGGUGGCGACGGUGGAUAUUGAGCCCGAUAUCUUGGCGGACGAAGGGUACGUGGACGUCGAGCCCGCGCAACCCCCGGCCCUGGCGGACUGGAUAGCUCUUGGAGCAGUGGAGGCGGCGCGCGAUGACCUCGCCGCCGCCGCCGCCGCCGCCGCCUUUGGAGAGCCGCCCGGCCGGCUGAAAGGUCGACAGGACGGAGCUCCCGAGACACCGCCGCCGCCGCCAGCAGUCGCAUCUGUAGCGGCCGCGGAAGCAGAAGCUAGGCCGGACCUCGACGAGGACUCUUUCUGCAGCAGCAGCGGUGGCGGCGGCGGGGCGGCGGCAGCAGCAGGAGAGGGGGAGGAGGGGGGAGGCUACAGCGACGCCGACAGCGAGGCGAGGCUGACGGCGCUGGUGGCUAGGGUGGCCGUCCGCGGCGAGGAGUCUCGCGCGGCCUUGAUAGUCCAGGCCCUGGUGCGGGGAAGGGCGGCGAGGCGGCUUGCUGCCGCCCACAGGGGCCGCGAGUGCGCUCGGGAGGAGGCGGCAGCCGCGGCGGCGGCAGCGGCGGCGCAGACUGCGGCGGUUGCGCCCCCCUCCCCUGCCACCGCCGCUGAGUCUGCGCGAGAGGUGGAAGGCGGGAUCUCCGAGGGGGCUGCGGUGGCGUGGAUGGCCCGGAAGGAGAGAGGAGAGGCGAUGUCGGACUCAUUCGGCAGCUCGGAUUCGGAGAGCGGCCAGACGUCGGCGAUGCUGACGGAGAGAAGCACGAGAGAGAUAGCGGCGUACGAGCACGAGCACGCGCGUCUGUCGGAAAUCGCGAAAGAAGAGGAAGAGGCUGCCGUCACGGCGGGGGUGGCAGCCUUGACCCACACCCGAGACCCCCAAGAACCGGUGCGUUCUCCGGGGACCCGGGAAGAGCGGGAAGCAGAGCCGACCCAGGGUCCUUCCGUUCAAUGGGCAUCCCGUGAGGAGGGUGGCGAUGAUGGUGAUGGUUCGAGCGCGUCGAUAGCGGAGGAGAUUCUGGAAGAGAGUGCCGCAGAGGAGGUUGAGGACGCACCGGCGGCGGAGGGUGAGCUUGACGCGCUUCCUCCGUUAGCGACUGUUACUACCCUAGCCGGGUCGGCGACGGACGAUGGUGGUGGUGACGCCACGGCCGGGCAAGGGGACAAGCUCGGAGCGAGCCCGACGGCGGCGAACGCUCGUGCCGGGAGCCCGGUUGACGCGUCGGUGCUGCGCGACUACGACCAUGUCGAGGAGGCGUUGCCGCCGGUGGAGGAGAAGUGCGGGCAUGGCUCCGACAGUCUCGCCCACGGCUACGGGCUGGAAGCUUUCGGGUUCGAGGACGUGGAAGACGCUGUUGUCGUUGCUGCCGGUGCGGCGGGCCGGGAACGCAACAGUCUCGCCGCCGCAGCACGUGCCGAGGACGGUCUGUCGUCGGAAGUUGUUGCCGCGGUCGCCGCGCCCGUGGGCGAUGCUGAUGACUCAGCCGUCGCCGAGAGAGGCGACUCCGCCGAGCCGUCGUGUACCGACUCGAUGGUGCCGUUGGCGGAAGGGACCUCGGUCGAAGAGGGUUCGGUAGCCCCUACGGCGGCAACCGCGGGAGGCUCGAAUUUCCUGCGGCCUCCGCACGGCGGCAGCGGCGGCGUCGCCACCGGCAGCUACGAUUCUUGCGCGGACGACGACGACGACGACGACGCCUACAGUGAAUCAUUCGAGGAAGACCGCACAGACCUCGAGAAAGGCGACAAUGACGACGACAAAGCAGGAGGCGGGAGUCCGGUGGUGGAACUCCCCGCUCCCGGUGACGGUGCCCACCACGACUACGACGGCGGUAUCGGACGCGGAGGCCAUGAUGCUGCCGCGGACGCCGGAAGCUCUUCGGGGGAGAGGACGGACGAGAGACCGUUGGUGUUAUCCUCCGUGUCUGAGGUGUGCUCCGAGGAUUUGCUGGCGCAAGACGACUCGUCUCUAGCCGGGUCGUUUGCCAUCGGGCGGGACUACCUUGAGGAUGCGUUACCCCCGGCCAGCGGGUCUCGGACGUCUGGCGGCGCCGCGGUUGCGGGUGGGGGGUUGUUGCCGUGGCAGGCCCUUGUCUUCGACGCGUCUCCGUCCAGUGAGCGGGACGGCGGGAUGGGUGCCGGCGCCGGCGCUGCCACUGAGUACCCUGAUUCUUCCUUUCCGGGGAUGUGUGGCUAUGAUAACGGAGGGGGUGUUGGCGGUGGUGUCACCGGCGUCGCGGCCACGGUGCCGGACGGCGUGAGCGAUGACCGCGAUAAGGAGACAGCCGAGCGCCAGGAGCACCCCCAGGAGACCGGCGACGAUCUGCUACUGUACAGGCUAGCCGCCGCAGCGCCUACUCACGGCGACGCCGCUGACGGCGACGCCGCUGCUGCUGCUGCUGCUGAGGAGGAGAAGCGCGAAGGGGCAGGGGCCAGCGGCGAGACCAACGACGAGGACAAUGGUGGGGACAACGGCGCGGCCCAGGGGCUUCUGUUGCCUUCUCCCGGGCAGGAGGUCUGGGGCGAGGAUAAUGCUGGCUCUCUCCGGUGCCACUCGCCGGAUGGUGCUGUCGAGGUCCAGAGCGAUGACGGGACUGCUGCGGCGGUGGUCCGAAGCGGCCACCUCGAAGAGGGCGCGGGAAGUACACUUGUCGUGCCGGAGUCCGCGCUGGUGGGAGAGAUCGCGGUUGCGGUGGCUGCUGACGGUGGUCUUGCUGGCGUGGCUGAAGCCGACGGUAACUACAGCCGGGUCGAAGAGCCCACGCCGGCGGCCGACGUCGCCGAACGGGUUUCCGGGAGCGACGGCAGCGUUUUCUCAGGCGGGCAAGCGACGUCGUUCGAUGCCGGCUACACGUUCAUCGAGAAGGCUGAGCCCCCAGAGGGUGCAAGAGAACGCCAAGAAGGGGGGGAUCGCGAGGGGCUGGACGGCGAAGCGGAGGCUCUAGGCGCCGAGGUAGAUCAACCACAUGGAAGCCCUCCGCGGCUGUCGAUAUCGACUCCUUCUGACGUUGAAGAGCCGGGGCCCCUCUCCAUCGAUAGGGGUGAAGAAGGCGCUUCCCCUGGGCCGGAGAAUCAAGAUGAGAAGCUCGGAUUUGGCAGCAACGGAGAUGUCGAAGGUGUCGGAGAAAACGAGCCUGAAGAGGCGUUGGUCGGAGAUGUGCAGCUGCUCCCCGGUGCCAUUGGGAGUGGGAACGAAAGCGACGAUAAGCAGCCCGGGGGGGCUUGGUCCGGAGGCUACGACUUCGAGGAGGAGGCCGUGGUUCCUUGGGACGAGGGAGAGGAUCGGCAGGACGAGCAAGCGGAAGCUGUCGUUGUCGGAGAUGAUAGAGGAGUGCCGCCGGACGUCCAAGAAGGCGACGAAGAGGACGACGCCAGCACGUGGUCGGGGCGUCGGUUCGACUUCGACGAGGAUGCGGUCGUUGCCGCCGAGCCGUCGUUUCGGGUUGAAGCUUCGUCCCAUGACGACGAUGGCGAUGAAGCCUGUCUGGCAAGGGCCGACGCCCCUGCUGCCCCCGUGGAAGCAGAGGGCGAGCGUGGCGAUGUCCGAGAGGUGAACGUGUACCGUGCCUUUGUCGCUGGGAGUGGCGGUGCCGCUGGAGACGCCGCCGUCGGGCAGCAGGCCGGCGAGCUGCAUGCUGACCAGCCGCUGGCGGAAGAGUCGUCCCGUUCGGAGGCCCCCUUCUCCGCGGUGGCGGCGCGAGCGGAGGAUGGCAUCGACUAUCUCGAGACUUUCGACCAUGUGGAAGACGCCGUCAGACCGCCGGCUGUCGGCGAGGGGGAGCCGCCGCUGCUGCCACGGCCGCGGCCCUCCGAGGAUCAAGAGAUCUAUUCCGCUUCGCGCAUGUCUGUCCAGGGUGAUCGACGUGGCCGCGAAGAAGAGGAAGAAGCCGGUCGGGCGGUCGCAGGGGUUGGUGGUGAUGGCGCUAUCGGGGCCGUGCUGGACAGCAGCCACGACAGUUUCGGGCGCGGUGGGGGUAGUGAUGGUGAUGCCGUGGACGACCCGUCGCCAAUACAUGAACAGCAGCAGCAGCAGCAGCAGCAGCAGCAGCAGCAGCAGCAAUCCUUGUCGGCUGAGAAACAGCCGGACGAAGUUGCAAGCGACGGGCCCACGAUCCCCGCUUUCGGCGACGUUUCCACCGCCGCUACUGCUGUUGCUGCAGUUGGUGUCGAUGCGGAGCACACCGUGACUCCAAGGUCGUCUUUGCCGCCCGUCGAAGCUAAGGAAGAGGGGCGUGUACCUGAGGCGGAGAACGGCAGUGCCGGUGGCGGAAGCAUUGCGGUGGGUUCAACGGGGGACGGAAACGGCGACGGCAGCGUUUCCGGCCUCCGGGCAUCGGGCACCAAGCCCACCUCUGGUCCUCCCCUUGCCGCUGACGAUGGUGCUGUUGUUGCUGUUGCGCGCGAGGAAGCCGCGUACGGUACGGAGACGGCGGUAGAGGAAGCCAAAGCCAAGGCCACCGGCGUGGCUUCCACCGAUUCGAGUGGCGAGGAUGCGCCGCCGGCCUCUCUCUGGGGACCUUCGCGAACAAGCGAGGACAAGGAGCGGCUAGUCGACGACAUCACGGACAAGCUGCUGGCGAGCCUCCUGAAGCGAGCGCUCGGUACCCCCGCCCCGCCCCCCCCAGGGGCCAGGACGACCGCGCCAGAGAGAGAAGAGCAGCACGACGGGCCAACGGUGGGUCACGCGACCGGCGACGCCCUGGUUGACGGCGAGGCUAGCGAGGACGAGGGUAUCGGCAGUCGACGGGGCCCCGCACUGUGGGAAGAGCCAGACCAUUACGAGGACACGGACGAUGAUGAUGACGACGAUGAAGAGGAGGAGAGGGAUAGGGCGGGCACGAGGGAGGACUGGGGCACCGCCGCGGUGACCGAGACCUACCGCAGCGAGGAGGGUAUGCUGAUGGUGGUGAGGGAUAACGGGAGCGACGACAGCGGCGACAACGGCGGCGGCGGCAGCGACGCCGCCCUCGGUGACUCCCCCGAACAUGAACGCAAAUACCAACAGCCUGAGCAGCGGCGCGAUGCGGAGGAAGAUGGAGAACUGGGUGGAUCGGGACAGCCGUCACGAAGCAGCGAUGGUGGGAAUGACGACGGCUCUGCUGCUGUCAGUGCCAGGUUGGGCGACGAGGAACAGGAUGAUGACGAUGACGAGUACUACUUCCCGCCCCUAACGCUCGCCCGACCGAAGAAGCCGUGGAUGGCUCUGGCGGCUCUAGCCGACAAUGACAACGGUUGCAGUAGCGGAGUAGGACAGCACCACGGCCCUCAAUCACCCUACCCGGACAACGCUUCCGCAGAGGGGGUCAGCUUCGGCGUACGGACCGGCGGGGGAGGGGGCAGUGACGUUCGCCUUGGAGUGCGGACAGGUGAAGGAGGAGACGUGCGGUUCGAGGGAGCGGACAUGGGGCUAGCUUCCCCUGGUGCGAUGGCGGCUGCCGCGGAGCAAGGCGAUCUAGGCGAGGCUCGGGCGGGCGGAGGGGGGUGGGAGGGAGGGGCGGCCGCUGGGGCGACGCACGAGGACAAGGGGGGGGGGGUACGGGUCGGGGAAGGGGGGGGGGGGGGCGAGGAAGAAGAGGACCCAUUCAUGAUGGAGCACGAGUUGGGGUGGCCGGAGUACCCGUGGUGGCCCGUCCUAGCUGAUGCCAUCGAGACGGCGUUGAGGUCCAUGACCCUUGAAGAGCUCAACAGCCGGAUGUCGAUGCACUAUUUACCGGACGAGCCGUUCAUUGAGGAGCUGGAGGGUAAGGACGGUAUGGAGUUCCCACCCCCUGCGGAGCCCCCCCUUGAGGACGAGGCAGUAAUCCCGGCCAGAGUCAUCGAUGAGCUGAUCGAUGCAUCGGACGAAGCGGUCUUGGCCAGCCUUAACGAGAUGGAGGGUAUCCCCAAGCCGGAUAGGGAUGCUCUCGACUCGGCCCGGUGGAUGGCCUACGAUGCAGCGAACGAGUACCUGGCGGAACGGCGAUCGAAGCGGGCGCCGAGGAGGCCGCAGGACCCCCCCGCCCCCAGCGGAAAGUUACUGCACCUCUUUGAAGGCUUCCAGCACUUCCGGUCGAUGGAUGACGCGGUCCUAGAGGUAACCUCGGCUGUGCUGGGGCAAGACGGGGCCUGCUUGCCCGGGCGGGAGCCAAAUCCGGACCUGAUCGAGACGCUGCCGUUGGACAGCCGUCCGGAGGACUGGCUCUUCCACGAGGACGACCUGUACUACGUAAAGUGCAGGGUGGCCGAGGGCAUCUUGGAGGAGCUCGUGGAGGACACCGUGCAAGAGUGCAAGCGGGUUUACUCGUUGAGGGAGGGGGCGAGGGAGCGGUGGCUGGCCACGGAGGAGGUGGCAUGAAUGAGUAGGUUGGGCUACCUCGAGACGGUAUCUGAUUGGGUGGGAUGAUGCCACUGCAGGUUGGGUCGAACAACCGGUCCUUUCAACUGCGCGCGCACCUGAUCAGGAUAACAAAAGAGAUUUCUACACACGGAUGAUUGCGAAGUUUGGCCGGUAGGCCUCGGACCAACGGUUGGCCUUUUUUGGCUGAGAGAUAAAUACUCAGGUCAUUUGGUGAUGUGCUUGUUAUUGCAUGUCGUGUUUAAUUUGUCACGUGUACUGUUUGCUCUUUAGUGUGACGACGUCGAGGACACCACCAGUCUCGAAACACUCAUGCAUGCGAGGCGCCAUAGGCUUUGGACUGUGGGACAGCAGUGGGACAGAGUCUAUGAAAGAAUGAUGCCUUCGGAUCUUUGCAGUCUGACUUACUCUCUCUCUCUUUCUCUCUCUCUCUCUCUCUCUCUCUCUCAGGCGACUCCGUAACUUGUUUUAUUGUGUCUGAUACCAGAUAGUCCUGUUUAAUAUGUCCCGCUGGGUUGGCUGAAGGGGAAUUCAGUGGUGAACGUCAUGAAAGCCUCGCUGCAUGAGGGUACUGUAGUGCGAUGAAAUUGUUUUCCAACUUUGAGGGCGUUAAUAAAAGCAGUUUUGCAUUUGUUCAAGAAACACCCGUCGGUCCGUCUCGAGAAAUAUUACUGUCUUUUGGGGGUUUCUGUUUGUUUUUUGUUUUGGCCGUCAAAAAAAGUGUGAAAACGUCGUGUUUAUUUAAUUGUUUUCUCUCUAGACUACCAGUGUUUGGCCGUGUCGGGUGUCCUUUCGAUGAUGCCGUUUUGUAAAUACCAUCGAAACGUUGAUUGCUUUCGCCCUCUUUUUAUUUCGUCGUUGCAGCGAGCGGUGCGGGCUUGAUUCUGCUACGAGGGUUGCAGGUUCGAGAAUCUGCCUGGUGAUGUUGUACCGUCCCUGCUAGACCUGUAAUGUAACACUAUUUUACUUUCUGUAAAUGGUAAGGGAGUUGGGA